UUAAACAGGAAAUUUCUGUGAAAUUUAGGGAUAAAAUGUUUUAUUCCCUUCUAUAACGGACUUAAUUCUGUUAUUUUACGGAAUAAACGGUGGAAUGACAAGGAAGUUCCGUGAAAUUUAGGGAUAAAAUGUUUUAUUCCGUUCUGUAAUGGACUUAAUUCUGUUGUUUUACGGGAUUAACGGUGCAACGAUAAGUAAUCGUUUACAUAUAUAAUCAUUCCUAAUAAUCAUCAUGUUAUAGUAUUCAUUUCAAUUUAUUAACCAUAAUAUGAAGAAUCAUAUUUUGUAACGUUUGGUAUAUUAAUUGACAUGUAUAUCUAAUUUCCAUUAUUUAUAAGAUCUAUAAAGUGUAUUGUUAUUCAUCAUACGGUAAUCAGAUUGUAAGUAUUUUCAUAAAUAUGUAAAAGUAUGUUUUAAUGCUGCGGAUGUUAAGGUUGUAAUAUCUGGUAAUCAAGCACGCUAAAGUCCGGUUAGUACUACCGGUUGGCCAGUGUAAGUCGGUUUGUCUCUAUGGCAGAGUCUGCAUACCUGCGAAUUGAUAAUACCGCAAACUUACAUCUGAAAGCCUCCAACCACUGACGAGUAGCGGUUUGUGAUACCUUGCUCUCGAUUCUUAUAAUAGCGAAAAGAGGUUACGUUUAAAAAUUAUUUGCGAUAUCACUUCGGUGGAAGCGGACGUUAAAUAAAGCUAUUUCACGCACGCGUAUAAAGUCAAUGGUUAAUUCAAUGAAAUUUUUAUCACCUUCAUGGUCAGGAAACAAAAUUUACCAGGAUUUUUUUUUUCUGUAUUUGAAAAUGGAAUUUAUGUUAAUUGAAGGAAUUUCUGUAAAUUACAGGAAAAACAAAUACGGAUAAAAUUUUCCUGGUAAUUUUUGUUUCCGGAAUUUUUUACGUUUUUUCACGGAAAUUUUUGUUACAGUGUAGUAGUCCCUUUAAUUUUAAAUCUGUAAUGAAUGACUUGACUUGUAGGAUUAUAAUCAUAAUAUAAUAUUGUAAACAGUUUUAUUCAAAAGUUAUUUUAGGCAUGUUAAGUCAAUAUUUUGUAGCUCUUCAGUUCUAUUCAAAAGUUAUUUUAGGCACAUCUUUUGAGGUACACAUUUCAUUUAUAAUCGUAAAAUAGACAACCGUAAAUUUUUGAUAAUGCAAAUUCAAAGCCUAUUAUACAGUAAUCAUACAAAACCUAGCACAUAUUUUGAAGGGCUCGAUCUGCUGUUCAAAUGACAGAACAUGUUGUAUUUCACUGAAUAUCAAAAACAAUUAAACAAAUCUUGAGUUGGGGUGUGUUUCAUAUAAGCGAGUCCGAAUUCUCAGUAUACACCCCUCCUGGAAACGGUACGGGAUUUGUAUAAAGGAUAAUGUAUAUGAGUACGUGGAGUUUAGCAAAAGGUAGUUAUAUUUCCUGGAAUCGGAUGAUAUAACCAUAACAGCAGACGAGCAGUAGGUAAAAUGCGAUUGAUUUGCUUUCCAUUCUGGAUAUAUGACCCAAGCUAACAUUUACCACAAAAUGGCGGGUGAUUCACACGAUGAAACGGCUAAGCUGCUAUCCUAUACCCAAAACGAUAAGAUGAAUGGGCAAUUAAACGACAAUGUUAGUUUCGAAUCACCAAAAAUGGAAAAUAUCGAAAAGCCACUUGAAUCGACUGCUGUUCCAUCACCAGCAAUGGAAAAUAUAUCGGCUACGCCUCUAUCAAACAAUCACGAUGACAACAGAAAUGUGGAUUUAAAUAACAGUGCUGAAUCACCAACAAUGGAAAAUACUGAUAACCUAGUUGAAUCGGCUGGGCUAUCUAACGUUGAAGACGAUAAAAACGACAAUGUUAGUGUCGAAUCACCACCGAACAUUCAAGAUGAUAAGAGAAAUGUUGAUAUCCAGUCACCAGAAAGGGAAAAAACCGAAAACCCUGAUGAAUCGACUAGGCCAUCACUAAACAUUCAAGUUGGAGAAUUAAACGACAAUGUUGGUGUCCCAUCACCAAAAAUGGAAAAUACAUCGGCUACGCCUCUGCCAAACAUUCAAGAUGAUAAUAGAAAUGUGGAAUUAAAUAACAUUGUUCGGUCACCAGAAAUACUUCAAGAGAGGGACAACAUUGAAAACCCCAUUUCGAAUAUGCAAAGUUUGAUGCAUCUAAUAAAAGGGAAUAUAGGAACGGGGAUAUUAGCUAUGCCGGUUGCUGUUGGCAACGCUGGAUUAUGGGUGGGAACUGUGGGAAUACUGUUAAUAGGUGUUAUAGCCACACACUGUAUGCAUCUACUCGUCAAAUGUAAUCGUAUCAUGUGCAGAAGGUCGGGUGCUGAUACCUUGGAUUAUGCUGAUGUCAUGGAAACAGCUUUAUCAACGGGUCCAUUAAAACUUCGAAAAUUCUCAAAAAUAGCCAGAUAUUUAGUUUUAACGUUUAUCAUCAUAACACAAGUUGGUGGUUGUAGUGUUUAUGUUGUUUUUAUUUCUACAAAUAUAAAACAGGUCAUCAAUCAUUUUUAUCCCGACGACCCAACCAUUAGAAUUUAUGAAGUUGCAGUUGCCACCAUUUUGGUGGUGUAUUUCUUUGUGGGGAACUUACGUACUUUAUCACUGUUUUCAACUUUUGCUAACCUUCUUACAGUCGUAGGUCUUCUUAUAAUUAUAUAUCACGUGACACAAGGAUUACCAAACGUCGAUUCACGGCCAGCAUUUACUGGAUGGAAUAAUCUACCUUUAUAUUUUGGUACAGCUCUCUACGCUUAUGAAGGAAUAAACUUGGUUCUACCAAUAGAAAAUAAAAUGCGUCAUCCGUCAGCAUUUGGUGGACUGGAUGGCGUUUUGAAUCUUGGCAUGGUUACCGUUUCAUGUCUGUAUACAGCAGUUGGUUUCUAUGGUUAUCUGAAAUAUGGCGAUGACGCUAAAGGCAGCAUAACUCUCAAUUUACCAAAUGACCAAUGGUUAUAUUUAUCAGUAAAGUUAAUGUUUGCUCUGUGUAUUGCUAUAUCUUAUGGUGUCCAGAUGUACGUUCCUGCUAAACUUCUGCUACCAUUCUUUAAAUCUAAAUAUGAAAACACAAGAUUUGAGAGAUUUGGGGAAUAUUUUGUUCGUACUGGACUGGUGCUCAUUACCUUUACCUGUGCCGCUGCUGUUCCACAUUUGGGUUUACUGAUAUCUUUAAUUGGCGCGUUUUCGGUCAGUUCUCUCGCUAUCAUUUUUCCAGCAACGAUAGAGAUGGUGACAUUAACAGCUGAAAACGAAACGUUACCUAAGUGGAUUCUUGUUAAAGACGUGUUAUUGGUACUCUUGGGAAUUCUCGGCUUCCUGACUGGAACUUAUACGGCUAUACAAGCAAUUGUAGAAACAUAUUAAACACUAGUGACAUUUUAUUUGUGAUAUCUAAAAAAUAGAAGUAAUUUCUAAUCCCCAGUAAAUAAAGGGGUUGAUUGUGUUUGUAACUAUGGUCUAUUAGCGGUUGGCGUUCUUCCGAGAUGCCCUAAAUCAACUCUGUGCAUUACAGACUGGUUAAACUAAUCCGUAAGAUAACACUCCUCUAUAACAUUGAGGUUAUGCCAAUAUUUCGUAAAGAGGACUCUGUUACAAAUGUUUUAUCUUGGUCCGUAUGUAAUCAACUGUUACAGAGUAGUGUUACACAAAGUAAUCUGUUACAUAAUUUUCUAAUAUGUAGUGACAUGUUACAAAAAUGCGGUUAUACCUGAUGAUCAGUGUAAAAAUUAUUCUUAGCUCGUCAUCAUAAUGUUAUGUAACUGUCUUAACGUUGUGUAACGUAAUGAUCUGUUAUGCCAAAAUGCCUCACUGUCAGUAGCAUUGCACUUACAGGCGCGGUGGAUAACUCUGUCUCAAAAAAUGAGAAAGGAGUUCUAUGUACUACGACUAUGGUUACUCUAUACAGCGAGAACCGGAUUAUGCUUAUAUCACGAUUAUAUUAACACCCAAAUUCACCCAAAUUACGGCAGCUUGUUGUGUGAUGUCAGAUGUGGAUAACAAUAUAAUGCUUUAAGAUAAAAAUAGAUUUUAUAAGUAUUUUAAUCAUGCUUUUGUAAAUUUCGUGGAUGUUUUGUUAUUUUAUAUAUAAAAGUAUCGCCUUGUAAAUACACCUAAUAUAUAUUUUAUAGAUUAUUUUUAUCGUUGUUUUUUUGCUAUGAACAAAAUGGACUGUUACAGAGUAGCGUUAUACAAAGUAAUCUGUUACAUAAUUUUAUAAUACGUAAUGCAUGUUACAAACUGUGGUUGUACUUGAUGCUCGACGUACAAGUAAUUAUUGGCGUGUUAUCAUAGUGUUAUGUAACUACUUUUACGUUGUGUAACGUAAUGCUCUGCUAUGCCAAAAUGUCUCACUGUCAGUAAGUAGCAUUGCACCUAUAGACGAGGGAGAUAACGCUGUCUCCCCCGCCACCCCCCCCCCCCCCCAAAAAAAAAAAAAUUCAGCCAAAUUACGGCAGCUUGUUGUAUGGCGUCAGAUAUGAAUAACAUAAUGCUUUAUCACCCAGUAACACAUUCUACAGUAUAGAUAUAGCUUGUGUGAUAAUUUUCAUAAUCUACUGCAUGAAUUUAAUGGGUCAUUCAAUUUUUAUUGGGGCAUUAUGGAUGUACGCAUGAAUCCUCUUGAUUUUGACAUUUCAUGUGAAUUAAGCAUUGGGCCAAGAGAGGGUGAACCAUGGUGAUUUUUAGCACUCUAGGAUUUUCUGUUCCCGGAGAUAAAUACGUAUCAGACUAAGCUUGUAAACACGAUAGCUAUCAAAUAUCAAAUUAAUUGGCAAACAUUCAUUUCGAAUAAGCUGUCGUCUAUGGCCAUAGUGUCAGAGGCGUAGCCGUGAAAUAUAUAUUGGGGGCGGGGGGUCAGCAAAUGAAAUUAUAUAGAAUGUUGAGAAUCUGUGACGCCGGAGGCACGAGGCUGCGCAGUCUUCUGUCAACACUGUUUUGGCAUAUUUUACGGGGUUAAACUAAAACAUCACACCAACAUAUUGGGAUAUGUACAGGUUUUAUACAGAUAGAAUCUUAACUAAUCCUAAUAAUUGUUGUAAAUACAUAGGAGUUAGGGCCUACUAUAAUGUAAUUUUUUUUUUUUUUUUUUUUUUUUUACUACACUUUAUUUACGUCAGAUUUCUACAAGCAUAUAUUAAGUACAUUUAUAUCUUAAAUGAUAAAAUACAUUAUUCUAUAUAAAUGGUGAGUCGCAGGGUUCCUACUAUACACAGAUCUAAGUACAUAAAUCCAUCAAUGGGGAAUCGUUAUGGAGGCAAUCUGUUAAUUCUUAAAAAGAUAUUUCCAUUUAUUUGUGUAUAAUUCUGGAGAUAUCUCAAUCUCCAUUUUAGCAUGCUCUACUAAAAAGCUUUCAUACUUAUUAGUAUUGAGCAUUUCGUUUCGUAGUUUAGCCCGAUAUAUAUAGAAUUUAGUUAAAAUAAUUACAUGAUUAAUGAAAAUCCAUUCAGUAUUACUUAUAUAAUUUGAUUUGUUAGUUAGACCAAGGUGUAUUAUAUGUGUUUUUAUAUUUAUCUUUGUAUUACCACGAUCUAGGAUAGUAUGAAGAUGAUUCCAUAUUAUUUGUGAAAAUGGGCAAAGGACAAAGAGAUGUUCUACAUUUUCUAUAUUAGAUUCACAGAAAGUGCAGAGUGUGUUAUCAACUUUUCUAAUUUUGAAUAAUUUAUCAUUUGUGAAUAUAAUCCUAUGGAGAUAUUUGUAUUCAAAACUCCUCAGUUUUGUACUAAGACAUACAGUGUUUAUUAUUUUGAAUAUAUUUUCUACGUCUAAAUCACUUAACUCGGUAUCUAGAAUGUGUUCCCAUUCUUUAAUGGCUUUUGGCCUGCUGAACUUUGCUUGUAUUCGGCUAUCAUAAAUAUUUUUUAAGUUUACGUUGUGAAAAUGGGUAUUAUAUAUUUUGUAAAAAUUAGUAUUUAUAUCUUCCAAGGGAGUUCUAUUACAAUUAAAAUUUGUAUGUACCGCACUUUCAAACUCGCUCGCUUCCUGUACAUACUGCAAGAUACACUUUUCUAUUCCUUUUAAGAUAAAUUGAUGUUUUUCUAAAUAUUGAUUAUCGAUCUUAUUUAUUUUAUCAAAAUAUUCACUAACGUACCGAAUAUUAUUGUUAAAAAGAAAGUUUAAAAAUAUAGUUUUAUUAUUAAUCUUUAUAUUUGUAUUAUUCCAAAUAAUUUGAUUUUCAGUGUGGGCAAUGUUCUUUAUAUGCGUUGUGUAGAUUGUAUACCAGUUGGCAUACAGGUUUUUAUAAAAAGGAAUUUUUAGAUUUAACUUAUCUGGAAAGUUGCAUGCAGGUAAUAAAUUUCCACCAUAUUCAGCCAUAAUGAAUUCAUAUGGUAUGAGCCAUGUUUGGAUUGGUGACUGAUAUAUUUUUUUAAUCCAAAAAAUGCUAUUACAUAUUAGGAAUUCUUUUAAGUCAAUCAUUUUUAAUCCGCAAUUUUUAUUUUUUUGUAUAAGAAUGUCUCGCUUUAUUCUGUCAGGACCGUUCCAUAUAAAUUUGUAAAAAAUUGUGUUUAGUUGUUGAAUAGUAGAAUCCGGUACUGGAUUAACAGUGGCCGGGUAAAGAAUUCUUGGAAUGCAGAAUGUUUUAAUUAUUUGUAUUUUUCCAAUUAAAGAUAAUUUAUGUUUAUCCCAUA